CGGCUCUGUGCCUCGCGCUCUGGGUUGUUGCUGCUGGUGCUGACCUGAGAGCCUGCGGCUCAACUUCCCCCCUCCUGCUGCUGCUGCCGUUGCCUGCGCUUUGAUUCGCCUGUUCCCCUGUGGUGGCUGAGGACUCUCCAGCCGGUUUCCAAGAAUUUCUAAUUCUAACUCUGCUCUCCAUGGACUGGCAUUGACUGCUCUCAGCCUUUCCCAGAAGCAUUAGGUGAAGAUGAGCAGCCUGUCCCAAGCAUGACGUCAUUGGCAAAUGUCAUUGCUUCUCACCAGUCGGAGUGGGUCUCCUUCAAUGAUGAGCUGCUCCUGCCAGUCACUUCGCAGGGUGGCACCAAAGAGCCUCUGGAAAGAUGUUUUUCCUCCUCCGACACCUCCUCGGAAGAUAAUUGUAAUGUGGGUGGAGAGUUUCAGGACCUCUCACAAACUGAGUUGAGUGAUGCCGGGGACAAGUCUGUGGUGGAUUCUGCAUCAGUAUCUCUACUUGGGAACCAUGUGUGUCCCACAUCUGAGCUAUCUUUGUCUAUCAGUACCUGGGUUCGUUUUGAAGAUGUGCCGUGGACCAGCACUUUACCAGCUCACACACAAACAGCCCUUCCAUCAAGUGCACCCUGCUGGACCUCUCCCUCCUCAGAUUGUUCUGAGAGACAACCCCUCACCUCAGAGAGCAGCUGGACAACCAACUCAGAAGACACCAGCAGCCCAAGCAUUGCCCCCUCCUACACAGAUUUGCAGUCAAUAAAUACUGAGGACCUGACCAGUGGUGGGGCUUCUGCAGCAGACUCAGCUGAAAAUUCGUCAUCUUUCCAGGAGGAUGAAGAGGUAGAUAUGGAGGCUGUGAACUGGCAGCUAAACAGCACCCCAAUGAAUGGGCACUCUCCUACCCCAACCACAGCUCGUUUCCCCAGCUGGGUGACUUUUGAUGACAAUGAGGUCAGCUCUGCUUCCCCACAGAACCUUUCUCCCUUAAAAUCAGAGACCCCAUCAAUAGCAAUGCAGACUGCAGAUGUAAACUGUAACCUCACUGCAUCCUUUAAGAGGGAGCGCCCCAGGAGCACACUGGUGGACCCCACUAAAGUUCAAAAGCUAGAUCUCUCCUCCUUAAACAGACUGCCUUCUGUUGGAACACCUCCCUGGAGUGCUACUAACCCCUUCUUGGAUGAGACUCUGAGGGAUGUCCAACCCUCACCCAUCAACCCAUUCAGUGCAUUCUUAGAGGAACAAGAUAGGCGAUCCCACAGCUCCUCUCUCUCUAGUGCUCCAGGCCAUAGCCAAAGAGACUCCCUUAUUAUUCUCUACCAAGAACCUGACACCAUCAGCUUCAAUGAGUCAAGCAAAAACUUAAUCCACACAGGUGCUGUCGAGCAGCUCAAACAACUCCGAAUUGGGGAUCCAGAUCACCUGAGCAGCACAACUCUGCCUGAUGAUGACCCCCUGAUGCCAUAUGAGAUAGUCAGCACAUUGCUGAACUUGGCCCCACCUCAGCCCACAGAUGGCUGGCCAAUGAUGCUUAGGAUCCCAGAGAAGAAGAACAUCAUGUCAUCUAGGCAUUGGGGGCCGAUCUACGUUAAACUGACUGAGAGUGGGUAUCUACAACUUUUUUAUGAAAAGGGACUGGAGAAACCAUUCAGAGAAUUCAAACUUGAAAUCAAUCAUGAAAUUUCAGAGCCCAAGCUCCAAAACUAUGAUGAGAAUGGAAGGAUACACAGCGUGAGGAUAGACCGCACCAUCUACAAAGAGAAAAGGAAGUAUCACCCUAAACCAGCAGUCAGCCAUGCAGCAGAAAGGGAACAAGUGAUAAAGCUAGGUACUACUGAUUAUGAAGACUUCCUUAGUUUCAUCAGCACAGUUCAGGAUAUGCUAAUGGACUUGCCGGCCUCAUCAUCAGAUCUGAGCACAGUAGGAUUAAACUAUCAAGAGGAAGAAAUCACUGUUGAUGUCAAGGAUGAAUUUCAUGGCAUCUUGGCCAAAGGAGACAAUAGGAUUCUCCAGCACAGUGUGCUGACUCAUAUUCAUGUUCUCAGCUUCCUUUCUGGCCUCGCAGAAUGCAGGCUGGGCCUUAAUGACAUCCUUAUCAAAGGAAAUGAAGUUGUUGCACGGCAGGAUAUCAUGCCCACCACUACCACCAAGUGGAUCAAGUUGUAUAACUGCCAGUUCCAUUCCUGCGUGGAUGAGGAAGAGUUUAACAGUUCCCAUGUUAUCCAGUUUAAUCCCUUGGAUGCUUGCCGAUUCGAGCUGAUGAGGUUCAGGACUGUGUUUGCUGAGAAGACUUUGCCUUUCACUCUGAGAACAGCAGCCACUGUCAAUGGUGCUGAAGUGGAGAUCCAAAGCUGGCUGAUGAUGUCUACUGGGUUCUCCUCCAACCGUGACUCACUAACUCAAGUCCCUUGUGAAAACGUGAUGGUCCGCUACCCAGUGCCAAAUGAGUGGGUGAAAAAUUUCCGCAGGGAAAGUGUCCUGGGCGAAAAGUCUUUGAAAGCCAAGGUGAACAAGGGUGCCAGUUUUGGAUCAACCAGCCUAUCUGGUUCUGAGCCAGUAAUGAGAGUAACUUUGGGAACUGCCAAAUAUGAACAUGCCUUUAAUUCCAUUGUAUGGAGGAUAAACCGACUGCCUGACAAAAACUCAGCUUCUGGCCAUCCCCACUGCUUCUUUUGCCACUUAGAGCUUGGCUCUGACCGGGAAGUGCCUUCCAAUUUUGUCUGCUAUGUGGAUGUGGAGUUUGACAUGCCCACUACUUCAGCAUCCAAAGCCACUGUUAGGUCCAUCUCUGUAGAGGACAAGACUGAUGUCAGGAAAUGGGUCAACUAUUCAGCACACUACAGUUACAAGGUGGAAAUAGAACAGAAAAAGAACUUGAAUCUUGAUCUGAAGGGAGCAGAAACUGAAAAUCCCAAGGAAUGUUCCAUCCUAACAGUACUUCUUAUCCAAAAUGUUAAGACUCUUCAGAAACAAGCAACUCUUACUAAUAACUUUUUAAAGCCUAAACUGUACAGGUCCGUAAUUGAAGAUGUCAUCAAUGAUGUCCGAGAAGUUUUUCUGGAUGAAGGAGUAGAUGAGCAAGUGCUUGUGGAACUCAAAACACUGUGGGAGAAUAAGCUGAUGCAGUCCAAAGCUGUAGAUGGAUUUCAUUCAGAAGAGCAGCAGCUUUUGUAGCAGCAGCAUCACCACCACCACCAUCAUCAUCAUCCACAACCACAGCAGACUGUGCAGCAGCAAUCCCAGACACAAGUCCUUAUUCCUGCAUCCCAGCAAGCACCUCAGCAGCAGGUUAUUGUGCCAGAUUCAAAGCUGAUACAGCACAUGAAUGCAUCAGGCAUGAGUGCGGCUGCCACUGCAGCUACCUUGGCUCUGCCAGCUGGUGUUACUCCUGUUCAGCAGAUACUUACAAAUUCAGGCCAAAUCCUGCAGGUAGUUAGAACUGCAAACGGAGCUCAGUAUAUCAUCCAGCAACAACAGCCAGUGGUUCUACAGCAACAGGUUAUACCACAGAUGCAGCCUGGUGGUGUUCAAGCUCCUGUUAUACAGCAGGUUUUGGCUCCUAUCCCUGGAGGGAUCUCCCAGCAGACAGGAGUGAUUAUUCAGCCACAGCAAAUCCUAUUUACAGGGAACAAAACACAGGUCAUACCCACAACAGUGGCAGCUCCUACACCGGCACAAGCACAGAUUACUGCUGCCGGUCAGCAGCAACCACAGCAACAGGCCCAACCACAAGCACCACUUGUACUCCAAGUUGAUGGAGCAGGCGACACAUCUUCUGAAGAAGAAGAAGAUGAGGAAGAAGAUUAUGAUGAUGAUGAAGAAGAAGACAAAGAAAAAGAUGGAGGUGAAGAUGGCCAGGUUGAAGAGGAACCCCUUAACAGUGAAGAUGAUGUGAGUGAUGAGGAAGGACAAGAGCUGUUCGAUACAGAGAAUGUUGUCGUAUGCCAGUAUGAUAAGAUCCAUAGAAGUAAAAACAAGUGGAAGUUUCACCUCAAAGAUGGCAUAAUGAAUCUCAAUGGAAGAGAUUAUGUAUUUUCCAAAGCCAUUGGAGAUGCAGAAUGGUAAAGUUUUUAAGACAAAACAAAAAAACUAAGAAAUAAAGAAAAAUCAGAAUGGUUGAGACUUGGACAUAAACUUCAACCAAAACUUGUCUGCACAUCAGAAAAGAACAGUACAAACAACUACCACAACAAAGAUGGAGCGUGGCAACAUAGACACUACUACAAAUGGGCAAGCCAUGGGACUGUAGCAGCUAGCAUUGUCUGGGAUACCUUAGGAAUACCUUAAUUAUAAAUUCUAUAUACAGGUAUCUGCAGCUGGUAAUUAGCAUGUAAGGCUUUGUCUCUCCCUUCCUUCCCCUAGGGUUAAGGUUUUAACAUUUCUUCCACUGAACUGAAGGAACUCUUCCCUUUUGAUAUACUCUUAGUCUGAAAAAAUGCUUGUGUGUACAAAUCUUUGUUUUGAACACUUCCCUUUGGUAGUGAGGGUAGUCAGGAUAUUGUUUGAACUGUGUGCAGGCUUUGUACAGAAGGAUAAGAAUUAAGGUGAUAAAUUUUAAUUAUCUUGUAUAACAAAAAUAUUUUUAAUUCUGCUAUAUUCAUGUAUAAUUUUAACUACCAUUUUUUCUCAGUUCUUCUCCCAUAAAAAAAAUCUCAUUCCUAGCAGUUACAAAAUGUAAAAUGAUUACUUAUAUUUUAAAGCCAUUUCAAUUUGACAUGAAUGACUCUUUUCAAAAGUGCUGAGCACCUGUAGCUCCUCUGAAAAAUCAAACCACUGUAUUAUUUUAAAAUAUAUUCUUGAUGUGUGAAGUGGUUCAGCCUGAUGGAGCUUAGAGGACUGACACUCUGUGGUACUUUUCCUUCAUUUCUUUAAAAGAUUACAAAUGAAAACUCCAGGUAGUCUGGUCUCUUCAUGUAUGCAUUCCUCCAACUGCUUACUACAUGUAUGGCCCAGGCAUCCAGGAAUACAGCUGGACAAAUACUACAGGAAUAACAAAAUUGGAGAAGAAAGGUUUUAUAUUUUAUAGCCAUUUAUAACUUAGCUGAAGUUCUGCUAAUUAGGAAACAGCUUGAUUUUUAAGCAUAAUCAUAUUGACAUGUGAUGCAGGUAACCUGUUUAAAAUCUCAGGUGACAUGCAAUUUUGGUGGUUUUUGUUUAAGAAUGCAUCAAUGAGGAAAUACUUUUGUUUGCUUUAUGUAAGCAAAAAAUUGAAAGAGAGAGCGAGAGGUGGAAAUGCAAAAAUUAGGUCAUAUAGCUAAACGCUAACGUAACUUCACUUGUCCAAAAGUGACAUGUCAUAAAUAGGAAAAGACUUUUGCAAUUUAGGGCAAACACACCUUUUCUUUGUGUGCUGGUUCUGUUUGCAAAUCACGUUUUCCAGAAUAGAGUCCUUGCUUCAGCAAAGAAGAGGGAAUUGGAAUUAUAGAUCAAAUAUUUCCAACAAAGGAAUGAGCGAGCUUUAUGUGGCUCCCCAUUAAAAGACAACUUAAUAAUGUUCUUACUAGCUAUCUGAAAAGCAAGGAAAAAAAGGCACAGGAAGGCAAAUUUAACUAAAAUUAGGGAGAACUGCAGAAGCAGGGACUUUACCCAACUUCUUGGCUUUUGGUUUUGCAAAAUGAAACUUUUUAAAUUGCAAGUGUAUUUAAUUAGCACGGUAUAUUAACUGCCUUCUGUCUCCCCUACCUGUCUUUCUUUACUGACCUCUAAGUGCAUUCAUAGUCUCAGUAGCUUACAAGAAAUUCACAGCACAUUCAUUGCAAGGAAGAAAUCUGAGCAGUUAUAUAUGUUUUUGCACCUGUGGUGUCAUUAAGUAGAACAAAGCUGUCCUUAAUUCACACAUAGAGCCUUAUGUUUAUUAGUAAUCCACCUGGUCUGCAUACAUUAUAAAUGUUAUUAAAGUUCAGUUUCUGGUAUUACUAACCCAUAGUUAAUUAAUGCUGUAAUCAUUUAGGAUACAAAUUUGGCUUUGGACUUCAAGAUCUCUCAUACUAAAUGUUUUUUUUCUUUUUUCUCUGUACAAAGCAGACAUUAUGUGGGUUUAUUUAAUCUACCAUGAUAUUUUUAAAGCAUGAGACUACAGUGAAAUCAAUUACUUAUCAACAAAUUAUUGCCCUUGUUUCUCUCAUGUAUCUUCGAGUAGUGGUGAUGGCUAUCAUGAGAAAAUUCAUGGCCUUUGAAAUUACUGAAAUAUGGAUUUAGAACAAAUCCCACAUAAGGCACAAAUGAACCAAUGAAACUCCUUUAGCGCCAGAUUCCUGUUUAUACUACUGGAACCCAGAUUACUGUACAAGAUAUUUAGUCUCUUCUUACUUUUAGGGUUCUUCACCCACAUGUUUAGAGCAGACAUUGCAUAGCUUUUUAUUUAUUUUAAGGGAUACCACAGCUUAUAGGUGACUUACAUAUAAGUUAUCUUGAAGGACAUUUAGAAACCAUCUGUAUUUGCACAGUGUCUUGUGAGUUAGUUAUGGUAUGCUUGGCAGAUGAAGGUUUUGGUCUUAUAAUACAAGUACCUGUGAAAUCUUCUGAAAGCCAGUCAAACGUAAACAUACCAAACUGUGCUCUUACUGCUACGUCAAGUGUUCCUUUUUUAAAUCAGAAAGCAUGUUUUAAUUUCAUUUUGUUGUAGCAGCUUGCUGUAAGAAAAUAGUUAGCUUAAUUUUAUUAUUCUACUUGAAUUUUAAUCAUGGUUUUAAUGUAAUUGAACAGACCAUUUCAUUAGGUUCCAUAGAAACCAUUCCUUUCAGAGGGCAAGGGAUUCCCAUGUUAGUUUUUAAAUUAUAAUUUUUGAAAGUAGAAAAUAGAUUUUUUUCAUUUAAAUAGUUCAGUAUUAAAAGGCAAUUAACGGUUUUAAGAGGGCUUAUGUUUAGAUUUGCACAGGUAACAGAGCACCUUUUUUGACUUUUAAGAUGGGAAAAAAUGAGUGAUAACUUCAUGGUUAAAAUAUUAACCAUCAGGGCUAAAUGAAAAUUCAGAGCAACUGGACAAAGUUGGGAGUCUUGUGCCUUCUCAAUUUGCAGAUUUUCCUGCUUUGUCAGCAUGAUGAUAGUCGAGGUUUAUCUGAUUCCUGAGACAGUAGAUGUCCUGCAGUGCUUCAAUCAUAAAUAAACAUGUUAGCUCUAAUUAUAUUGGCUUUUUAGUGUGUGCAAUCCUUUAAAAACAUCAAAGUUGAAAAGGAAAAAAUAAUAUGUUGUCUGUUAAGGAGAUAAUAGAGACUUAGUCAAAUACAGAACUUUAUAUUGGACUAUUUAAAUAAAAUUUAUAACUUUAUUCUCUCCCUCUCCCCCAUGUUAGUGGAAAUGUGUGAGGUUUCAUCCAUCUUGUUCCUGCAUUGUAAUUACAAACUACUUUUUGACAUGAGUAAUUUUCCUAGCAACACAUCAUGAUUUCAUAAAUAUAAAGGUUGUGGUCACAUGUUCAUUCUCAGAGGGAUUUGAUUUGGUUCUGAAGUACAGGUGCCGGAAAAGAGCAAAUAACAAAUGAAAUGUGGUAACAGAACUUUAUACAAAUUGUUUGGGAGAGGAGGUUUUAUUUUGUUUUAUUUUUGAAUUGGUGUAAGAGUCAAGUAAAUUUUGCUGAAUUGUAGUUUUGUUUUGUGAAAGUAACUGUAUCAUCCA